GAAACAAUGUAAAUAAAAGUUUGUUUGAAAGAUAUGAACUGUGACUAUUUUGCAUUUAACCGUUCUAGGAUCCCAAUUGUGUUAGUUUCAGUUCAUUAGCCACUAUAAAGAUAUGGAUGAUUCCCAUUGUAGGGAACUUACACAAUCUUUGAAGCUGGAAUUUGAUACAAAACGAAGACAACUGCUGGAAGUUCAAGCUGAAGUCAACAGAUUGAUCAAACCAAGUGAACUACGAAAAAGUGUAGCUUCUAGUGAAAUAACAUGUGAAAAUAAACUGAUUCUUCUAAGUAUUGAUGAACAAAUGUGCCUUCGUCAUAAAUUAGAUAGAUUGGCUAUGAAAUUGAAAGCAGUCAACACAGCAGGAAGUCAGGAGCAUAUCCAUUUAAAUUCUGUGCAUGAGGAAUUAAUAGCCUUACAUAAAAGGAAAGAUGUGAACACACUCAAUACAAGUAAUGAUUUCCAGAAGCUUGCACGUUUUGUAACAGAUUUACAGUCAGACCACGAAUGGAAUUGUCAGUUAAAAGGAGAAAUAGAAAACCAGAUCAAUAAAGCAUACAGAAAGAUUGCUAAGCAGCAAGUAUUAUUGUCCAGAAGAUGUAGUGAAAGUUCUGAUCCAGUAGAAAAGGAAAAUGCUGGACGCUUAUUGGAUGAUUUCGUUAAACAACACAUAACUUCAAAGAAGCUACCUUUCCAGGAAAGUCAGCAUCAUAUCAACACACUGACACAACCAUUGCCAGAAUCACAUUCACAUAUCAGCAUUCAGGAAAAGCCUAUUUAUUGCAGUCAGUAACUGGGUAAUGCCCAGAAGAAAUCUUUUGGGAAGCGAGCAGAUGUAGAUCAGAUGAUAAAUAAUGUACAAGGAGUUACACAGAGGAAGCUUCCUUUAAAGGAACAAUAUUAAUUUUUAUGUAUAAUUUUUUUUCUGUCUCUCUGUUUGUAACACUUUGUGAACACUACUUCAAAAGUAUUUUUGUACAAAUGCUCUUAUAUUUGGAUAGUUUUUCAUUUUUGCAGUUACAUACAUAGUCCAUACAAUAACACCAUUUAAAUUUGACCAUUUUAUGCAGGAGUUAUGGUACUUCAACAAUUUUUGGCCUAUUUUGGCAUAGUACAAUAUCACAUUGUGAACACUUUUCCUCAUAGUCCAUACAAUAACACCAUUUAGAUUUGACCAUCUUAUGCAGGAGUUAUGGUACAUCAACAAUUUUUGGCCUAUUGUGGCAUGGUACAAUAUCCCAUUGUGAACGCUAUUCCUCAUAGUCCAUACAAUAACACCAUUUAGAUUUGACCAUUUUAUGCAGGAGUUAUGGUACUUCAACAUUUUUUGGCCUAUUGUGGCAUGGUAUAAUAUCACAUUGUGAACACUAUUCCUCAGACCAUUUGUCUGAAAGCAUCACCAUGUUGAUUUGACAAUUUUUGAAGGAGUUAUUUGACUUUAACCAAGUUUUGCUUAUUGGAGCAUUAUGACAUUUUAUUAACACUACUCCUCAAAGACUUUCCUGAAGCUUAAAUACUUUCUAGGAUUAAAAUAGUUAUAAAUCUGCUUGACCUAUCCCUGUGAAAAGAUCAGUUUUAUUUGUAUUUUGUACAACAAUAUUUUUUAUCACAAUUUUUAUUAUUUCUAUUUUUUAAUCUGCAUAUGUAUCUCUCUCAAAUGGUGUAAAGUUUUAUUUCAAAUUUGCUAUACCCUUCUAGUUUGUAUUAUCUGUUAUUUAUAGAAUAGACUUUGUUUUCAUCCCAUUUGAAUAUUUAAACUAAGGGUUUGCCUUUUUGAAACAUAUUGCUUUGCUAAAAAUAUAUUCAAUCUUUGCUCUAGUGCCAUCAGGCAUUAUAAUUUCAUAUUUUGCAGAAAUUACCAGAAUUUUGUUUAAUUUGAAUAUUCUUUCAUGCAAGCACCUGAUGAUUUUGAUGUGGCAGCUACUUUCAUUAGAGUGAUGAUUUGUAUUCUGGUAUUGAAAACAAUGUAAUAUCAAUAUUCAGGGUUAAGAUCUUUUAUUGUAUCUUCUCCUUUUCAUGUCUGCUGUUGUUAGGCAGUCUAUUCUAGAGGUUGUAUUGUACAGUUACAAUGGGGCAUAUCAAUCUUAUAGAAUUAAGCAUUUAGUUACUUCCCCUUACACACUGGGUUGAAAUAGUACUAUUAUGUUAUGUAUUCCUUAUUUAUCAUCAUUGAAAACAGACCUAUCAGAUGUAUUGUCUGAUAGGUAGGUAUCUCAGAAACAGAUUUUUAUUAUUUUAAAAUUCCUACUUCUUCACAAAAAAUGUUCUACCAUUCCCUAUAUCAUGUUCAGUCUAUAAGAAGAUUUAAGAUUUAGUUCAGAUAUUUACUCUUGUAAAAAUUAUAUUAUGUAAACUAUAUAAAAAUAAGAUGUGGUAUGAUUGCCAAUUAGACAACUCUUCACAAGAGACCAAAUAACACAGAAAUUAACAACUAUAGGUCACUGUAUGUUUGCUAUUAAUUUAAUUUUCAGUUGUAUGAUAUUUGAAAUGAAUUACCUUUAGUUUAAGUGCUAUACUUUAAUUAGCUGUAAAUCUUGCAUUACAUGGAGAGUUUUGUUUUUAUCUGUUUGAUGCUUGCUAUCAAUCAUAAACUUUUAAAUAACUACUGAUUGGAAGCAAACUUACUUGGCAGCAAUUUUCAUUAUUAAAAAAUAAUCCAGAAAAAUUAUUGUAAAUGUCAUAAUAUAUAAAUCUAUAAAUCUUUGAAUCUUUGAAUCUUUGAAUUUUUGAAUCUUUGAAAAAAAUAAUACAUUAAUGAUCACCUGUAAGGAAUAUGGUUGAUUAACAAAACAAUCUUUAAAUAUGGCAAAUUUGAUCUUUCAUGACAAGUAAAAUGUCAGAAUAAUGAAAUGUCAUGUUAUGGAAAAAAAAAUAUUUGGCAUAAAAACAUAGUUUCACCGUUUCUGAAAGGUAAAGAUUUGACACAUAUAUAGGUGACAUACUUUUGAAAAAAUAUAUGUUUUAAAAUAUAAAGGGCUAUUCCAAAUUUGUUUUAUAUUAGGGGUUGAAAGGCUUCAAGGCAGGUAAUAUUAGUAAUGGAAUAGGGGAGUUCAAAAUAAUCUUUUUAAAGUUAUGUCCCUUUGCAAAAUCACAAAUUCUGAUUAAGUAGAUAAAAAUUGAUAUUUACUUUAAAAAAAACCAAGCAUCUGACUGCUAUAAUAGCAGGACAGCAACAUUAACAGUAAAUUACUACAAAAGAAUACAGUAUAUCUUUUAUCUUGAAACAAACAUUUUGGUUGACCCUCAUAUUACAGUUUUUUUUUAACUUGAAUUGUUUUUUCUUGAAAUAUGUGUAGACAAAAGCAACUUUUUUCUCAUUUUUCCAAAUUUUGGUAGUGAAAUGAACUUGAUAAACUCUUUCUUUUGAUAUCCAUAGUUUUUAAAAUUUGAAUUUGUCAUAAGUGAAUUUUAUAGUGUAAAAACUGAAAAAGACAUAUAUAAGACCUCAAAAGCCACUAAUAACUGAAAUCUGAAAAUGUGUUGUUAUCAUUUUUCCAUUUUUCGAAUCUGGACAUUAAUGAAUAACAAAAAGUAGAGAUAAAAUUGUAAUAUGUAUUGACAGAAGUGAGAAUAGGUGAAAUACAGGGUUCAGCAGCACCUCUUGGAUCUCUCUGUGCUUUCAUUUGUUUUCUUUGAACAUGCAGUUGAAAAGUUGAUCUUUUUAAUCAAUAGAAAUCCCAAAUGAAUACAAAAAUUUAGUCCCAUUUUGAUAUUUACAUAUGUUUUGUUAUAUUUUAUUUUUAUGUGCCUUUUAUAUAUAUAUAUAUAGUGCUAGUCGAAGCUUAUAACCUGCUUUACACAGGCUUUUUGAAUGAUUAAUUCUUAGUGAUUUGAAUGAUUAUUGUGUGAUUGUUAAGUUUGAAUAAUGAAUUAUAACAAGUAGCUUUACUGUUUUUUUUAUUUUUAUGCCCCACCUAGGGGCAUUAUGUUUUUUUGGUCUGUGUAUCCGUUCGUCCGUCUGUCUGUCCAGCUUCAGGUUUUAAGUUUUUGGUCAAGGUAGUUUUUGAUGAAGUUGAAGUCCAAUCAACUUGAAACUUAGUACACAUGUUCCCUAUGAUAUGAUCUUUCUAAUUUUAAAAAGUUUUGACCCCAAUUUGACGGUCUACUGAACAUAGAAAAUGAUAGUGUGAGUGGGGCAUCCGUGUACUAUGGGCACAUUCUUGUUCUUGCCCUGAUUUUACUUUUCAUGCUCCCCUAAAGAAAAAAAUUGGAAGCAUUUUUAUGGGAGGUCUGAAACAAUUUUUCCUCAAUAAUAACUUAAUAAGUUUCCCUUGCUGGAUUGGAACGAACAUUUACAGAUUGAAGAAAAGAAAGCAUAUUGAUUUUGGGUCAAAGUUCAAGGCCACUGAAGAAAGCCUACUAACUUUAAGGUCAGUUGAUCAAAAGUGAAUGUUUUGACAAUACAUGUAUUAUUGAGCAUGUGCCCCCAGAAUUGGCAGAUCACCCAGGGUCAGUGGAAAUCACUGCCAAUUUUUUUUAAGGGGAUGCCCUAAAAAAGGAUUCCCUAUAUAUUUAAGCUGAGGAAAAAGUAUUGAUAACAAAUUUGGUAUCUACAUAACAGACUUUAUACUCCUCCAAACAGUAUGUUUUCUGGUCUCUGCAUUGGUCCAUUAUUCCACCUCUCCCAUAUCAGGUUAAAGUUUUUGGUUGUAGUUUAUUAUGAAGUUGAAGUCACAUCAACUUGAAACUUGGUACACAUUUUCAUUAUGAUGUGAAGUUUUUAAUUUAAUGCCAAAUUACGGUUAUGACCUGAAUUUCAUUGUUCCCUGAACAUGGAAAUGUAAUAGUAUGAAAUUAGUUCAUUUUGAGGUUAAAGUUUUUGGUCAAGGUAGUUUAUGAAGAAGUUGUUUUCAGAUCAACUUGAAGCUCUGGCACAUCUCAUUUCCAUGAGAUAAUUUGGACCUGCCCCUCUGUCAUGGUCUACUGACUUUGAAACGUUUUUAGUUAACAUGAUAAAGUUUGUGAUUAGGUCAGCUUAAGAUAAACUACUAAUGUUAGGUCAAUGACAUUUAUUAUGCAGUUGUUUUAGCAUUUGCACGUCUCAUUUCCAUGGAGAUUACACAGCCCUGCCUCCUCAUCAUGGUUCAUUGACUGACACUUUUGCAGCUUCUAUUUUAAAGUUUGUGUUUAGGUCAUUUUAAAGAGAACCAUUUUUGUGGAGCCUGCGACUUUUGUCGCAAAAGCGAGA